GACUGAUGUCUGACACUUGACAUACCUUUUUUGCUUUAAAAAAAAGUUUUUAGUUGAGGUUUGUUUACCAUGUUUACAAAUGCGUUGAUUUCGAAAAAUUUAAUUAGGUACAUUUAAGUUAUAAAGUGUUCCAAAACCAUAUUUCCAAUAGCCAUAACGUAUCCCAGCCAAAUUCUAAGUAUAAUAUUUAUAUUUAUCUAAUCGACACAUCUAAAAUCAUUUUCUCUAGGGUCGAAACUUGUUUGCUAAAAGUUCUACAAAAUAGAUAUUUAAACAUUAAAAUGCCGCGAGGCAGACCACAACAAUCUAAACACCAAGAUAAAAAAGAAAUUAAAAGCGAAACAAAUAAUGUCAAAACAUUAAAACAGGAAGCAAUAAACAAGGAAGAAAACAGUUCGAAGAUAGACCUAAAUAAAUUUAAAUUUGAAAAGAAACCAACAAUAAAAAUUGAGUUUGAGAAUGAUGAUGAAACACAUAAAACUGUAGCGGAUAAUAAAGGCCUAUGGGAACCGCCUAAUUGGAGACGUUUCCUGGACAACUUGAGAAAGAUGCGUUCCAGUAAUGAUGCUCCAGUAGACUCAAUGGGUUGUCAUAUGACUAUGGAUGAGAAUGCACCACCUAAAGUAAUAAGAUAUCAAACACUUAUAUCCCUUAUGUUAUCAAGUCAAACAAAGGAUCAAGUAACUUUUGCUGCCAUGGAGAGAUUAAAAGAAAGAGGCUUGACGGUUGACAAUAUUCUUGCAAUGACAGAUGAAGAAUUGGGAAAAUUAAUUUAUCCUGUUGGUUUUUGGAAAACAAAAGUGAAAUAUAUAAAGAAAACAACACAAACACUAAAAGAGCAAUAUGAUGGCGAUAUACCAAAUUCUGUUGAAAAACUUUGCAAGCUUACUGGCGUGGGUCCAAAAAUGGCACACAUUUGUAUGAAAGUAGCUUGGGAUAAGGUGACUGGUAUUGGUGUUGACACUCAUGUUCACAGAAUAAGUAACAGAAUUGGUUGGGUCAAAAAACAAACAGCCACACCAGAGGAUACAAGAAAAGCUCUUGAAUCCUGGCUUCCAUUUGAAUUAUGGAGUGAAGUAAAUCACCUAAUGGUAGGAUUUGGUCAAACUAUUUGCUUGCCACUUGGACCUUCUUGUGAUAAAUGCUUGAACAAAGAUAUUUGCCCAUCAAGUGGAAAAUUAAAAAGAUCCCCAAAUAAAAAGUCACCAUUGAAAAAUACAUCAGAAAAUGUAAAAGAAAAUAAAUCAGAAAUUAUCAAACAGGAACCAUUGCAAUCAUCACAAAAAAUAAAAGUGGAAAGUUUAAUGGUUGAAGAAAAAUAUGAUAACCUCCAAUGUAGUCAUGAAACUCAAUCACAAAAUAAUCCAAUUUCUGAAAUUGAGCCUAAAGAUAAGAAUGUGUCAACACAAAAAAGGCUAUUAAAAAGACAAUCUCCAAGAAAUAAAAUAAGCAAUGAUAAUGCAACUUUAACUGAUGUUAAUGAAUCUAAUAUUAAUUUAAGAGUAAAAAAGAAGAAAUCAUAGAAGGAUUAGUGAUUCUGAUUAUUUUAUUUUGUAAACCGUAAAUUACUACAUUUUACUUGUUUUGUUGAUUGUUAUUCAGUUUGUGAGCUAAUUAAGACUAUGAUUAUUGAAGGUAAGA